CUUUAGUAAACUUAUCGAUCCAAAGAUGGCGGGAAGCAGCUUACUUGAUGCAACAAACAAGCUAAAGUUCCCGUAAAUAUAACAUUUAUAAGGGCUUUAAACAAGAAGCUUUAUAUGCAUUCCAUGUUAACUGAGAAAUGGCAACCAAAGAAGAAACUAACCUUGACCUCGAUCUUGAUCUGGAACUUGAGGAGUCCCCAUCUUCCUCCCCAACAUUGGUAAAUGAGCAACAGCAAUGUCCAAUAUGCACCAAGAAGCUAACCCAACCUAAAAUUCUUGCAUGCCUUCAUGUGUUUUGUGAAGCAUGUCUAGAAAAUCAGUUGGAAGAAAAGGCUAUUGAAGGUGUGAAACCGUUGAAGGUGAAAUGUACAGUAUGCGAGCAGGACACCCAGGUUCCAAUGAAAGGGGUUCAGGAUUUACAGACGGAACAUGUGCUGUCCGACAUGUUGGAUAUGUCCGGGGUAGAGAGUAUGCAAAUUGUCUGCACCAGUUGUAAAGCUAAGGAAAAGGCUGUAGCUAGGUGUAGUGAUUGUGCUAACUUUCUCUGCCCUAAUUGUGUAACGGCACAUAAAUUUAUGCGCUGUUUUGAAAAUCAUAAGGUGUUGUCCUUUGAUGAAUUAAAGAGUAGUGAUGGACUUUCUAUACACAAGCCAAUAUUCUGCUCUGUUCACUCUUCAGAAAACUUGAAGUAUUUUUGUCACACAUGUGAGAUUCCUAUCUGUAGUGAAUGUAUGGUCAAUGAUCACAGAAUGCCAGAUCACAACUAUGAGAAACUGGCUGAUGUCGAAGAUGACCAAAAGAAGGACUUGGAGAACCUAGUAACAGAAUGUCAAAGUAAACUUGAACCGUGUAGAUCAGCUGCAUCUAGAGCUGAGGGCGCCCUCUCUGAACUGCAAAGUCAACAAGAGGAUGCCAAGAGUCUCAUUGAAGAAACAUUCCAAAGCUAUAAAGCUAUCCUCGAAAAAAGAAAGACUGCACUUCUUAAUGAAUUAGAUGAAAUCCAUUCUCACCAUGAAUUAGAGUUAAUGGGAUUAUGUCACAGUGUUAACAACAUGAUGGAUAAGAUAGAGGACAGCUGUAAAUUUACCGAACACAUACUGAAAAAUGGCAGUUCCUUACAAAUUGCUGUUUUAAAACGUAUUAUUUCAACUCAGUUGAUGUCCUUAAUUAACAACACACCAGCUGUAGAAACUGAUUUGAAUAUUGAAUUUAAGUCCGACCCAGCUGUCUUUGAAAAAAUGGUCGAGGACCAUUUUGGUAGCUUUGGACGAGAUGAACCAAAGCGUGAAAAUCAGUUGUCACCGCUCCACUCAUCGUUUGAGAAUGAAGGUUUUAACCUACCACAUGGUGUGUUGAAUCAAGACGUUAACAUGAUGCCUUCAUCUUCCAAUGGGUUUAUGUCCAAUAUGGCCUCAUUGCCCCCUGUCUCAUUGAGUGGCAACCUUCAGAGUCUUUCCUCGUUGAUAGCCAAUAUUCCCAGCCAUUUAACUGGACCGUCACAUCCAAUGCAUGAUCCCAGCUUAUCACGUAACUCACACAGUCCAGCAAUGUCAGACAGUGGGAUAUCUGUAGGAGAUGCUGCCAGCACUAAUAGUAAUAAUAGUGCUACCAUGAUCAACAUUGCAGCUAUGGCAAGCCUUGGCCAAGUAUCAUUGGGUGGCCACAUGUUAUCAGGUCUAUCUGGUGGAAUGAACACUAAUACUGGUUCCACAUCAUCUGAUGGUAGUAGUAGAACACAAACACCUCUUUCACACAAUGAGAUGUCUCCCACCAGUAUGGCUAGUUUACCAUCAAUAGCUGAACGAGCUGAAAACACAAACUUAGAUAAUUUGGCAAGCUUAUUUAACCCACAUACCACAUCAUUCAGUAAAAUUAUUGAUAAUAUGAGAAGUAUAAGCGUGAGUGGUGGUGGACCAGGAAUGGACAAUAUGAUCACCGGUGCAGCUGGUGGUUCCAGAGAUAUAGCUGGUAUCACAACCCCGACUAUUGGUAAUACCUUCACAUACCCGCCUAUUAGACGUGGAGAUCAGAUGAGCUCCAUGCAGAUAAGGUGUAAAUUUGGUCAACUAGGUCCAGGUAAGGGCCAGUUUAACUCACCACAUGGAUUUUGCCUGGGUAUUGAAGAAGAUAUUAUUGUAGCUGAUACCAACAAUCAUAGAAUACAAGUAUUUGAUAAGACUGGAGAUUUUAAAUACCAGUUUGGUAUUCCAGGUCGUGAAGAAGGUCAGCUAUGGUAUCCACGUAAAAUAGCUGUGAUGAGGUCAUCUGGUAAAUAUGUUGUAUGUGAUCGCGGUAAUGAAAGAUCUCGAAUGCAGAUAUUUACUAGAAAUGGUCAUUUCGUAAAGAAGAUAGCUAUACGAUAUAUUGAUAUUGUAGCAGGAUUAGCUAUUACUUCCCAAGGUAAUAUUGUGGCUGUUGAUAGUGUAUCACCAACAGUAUUUUGUAUUGGAGAAUCAGGUGACCUUAUUAAAUGGUUUGAUUGUAGUGACUAUAUGAGAGAACCAUCAGACAUAGCUGUCAGCGGCACAGAAUAUUUUGUUUGUGACUUUAAGGGACAUUGCGUUGUUGUCUUUAGCGAAGAGGGGCAGUUUCUGCGAAGGAUUGGUUGUGAAAACAUUACCAACUACCCAAAUGGCAUAGAUAUCAGUGAUGCAGGAGAUGUUUUGAUUGGAGAUAGCCACGGAAAUCGUUUCCAUGUUGGCGUAUUUCAGAGAGAUGGCUCACUAAUUGGUGAAUUUCAAUGUCCUUAUGUUAAAGUUAGUAGAUGUUGUGGUUUGAAGAUCACAUCAGAGGGCUAUGUUGUCACACUUGCCAAGAAUAAUCAUCAUGUGCUGGUUUUAAAUACUUUAUAUAUUACUUAAACAAUGUGCCAAUUUAUAUUAUAUAUACUAUAUAUAUAUAUAUAAAUAAAUAUAUUAUAUCUAUAUUUACUAUGUUAUCUGAUUGGGGUUAUAGAAAUCUUUAUCACUAACACCCAUCUUAUAUUUAGUUUAUAUUUACAGUUUUUGUUUUAUGUUUUUUUGUGUAGCAGUCCAAAAUUAUAUUCCUGAAAUGGAUGAUUUAUAUUGUAUUAAUUUUUUGAAUAAUUUAUAUAAAAAAAAGAAAAAAAAAGAAUUAUAUAGUGGUAAGCAAUCAAUAGUAUUAGUCACAUUUUAAAAAAUAAUAUAUUUUGCCAUGUUUUUUUCUGUUUAGAUGAGACAUGGUAGCAAUUGUUAAAAUUGUAAUCUUGGUCUCGUUUUGCCCUUAUACAUCUAUUUUGUCAUAUACAAAUACAAUUAUAAUAUGCAAAUUGCUUAUUUUCUAGUCAUAUAUACUCAGUCAAGACAUGACUUCUUUUUUUUUUGUCCUGUUCGUGCCUUAAUGGGAUUAUUAAUUAUUUUCCCAAUUUUUUUUUUUUAACAAAUUUUUUUUUAACCAAUAAAAGAAAUUAAGGAUUUUUUUUUUUCAUUUAUUAAUUAACUAAUUAUUUUUUUGAUUAUUAAUUUAAAAUAUUGAUUUAUUUUAUUUUGUUUGGUGUUCAUAGUGUAAGAAGCUUUACAAAUUGAUAGAUUGAUAUUUUUUUAAGAUGUUAAUAUUACAUGUUAUGUUAGAUAUUUACAUUUUUUUAAAUUGUAAACCAAGUUAUAUAUAUAUAUAUAUUAUAUACAUACAUGUAGAUGCUAAAAUUGCUCAUGCCGAUUUUUGUAUACAAGACCAUUACAUAGAUUUUACCCACCAUACUUAUAUUAGCAUAUGUAUCUAAUCAAAAGUAUAUAUAUAUAUAUAUAUUGUUAAUUGUUUUCGUGUUAAUUUUUCAUAUUGGUUUUUGCCAUAUAAUUAUAUCAUUAUUAAACCUUAGGGCGAUUGAUAACACAUGUGAAUAUUUGGUUUUUCAAAGGUAUUCCAGAAAUAUAUUUUAUCAAACUAAUUUUUGGACUGCAGUUUGCGAUUUUUUGAGAAUGUUGCUCCCUUUUGAGCAUGUUCUCUCUUCGUGUUUAACCUGCGAUUUCAGAUUUUUUUGGACUUUUCCUAUUAUGAUUGUCUGGGUUUUAAAUUUCACAACGAGCUUUUUCAUUAUUAGUUAAAAUGUUUAAUGGUGUUCAUGUUCUUUCAAUUAUUCCAGUUUGAAUUUAAAUCAUAAUAUAACUAUAUAAUAUAUAUAAUGUCCCCUUCCCCUUAACACCCCCCCCCCCCCAAAAAAAAAGUUUUGAUUUUUUGAUGGUUUUUAUUAAUAUUUUUCCUCUUAAAUUCCUCCUAGUUUUGAACAUUUUGCAUUUGAUGUUUAAAAUUUUGAUUCUGUUAAAUUCUUAUAUCAUAUCUCUUCUUCCCUUUUACAAAUCUGAGUAUAAUGUAUAAAGCAUGGGGGAGGCUAGCUUCCAAGAAAUGAGCAUAAACAAAGGGUAAUGAUGAUGCGCCUAUAGACAUAGCUUAUAUUCUUCACUUAAUCACCAAGAAUACAAACUAUGUUUGUUACAAGUAUAACCAGAAGAUAUGCAUCAAUUUUAUUCUAUAUUAAGUGUAUAUCGAGACAGGGAUUUCUUUUUUUCCAUCUUUUCGGUUUAUAUAAUUUAUCCAUCUUUAAUCAGCUUUUAGUUUAAUAUUUCUCUCUUUAUUAUUUGUAGUUGUUUUUAAUUGGCUUAGUUUGUGAUGUUUUGUCACUUUAGGUCCUUAGUUUAUAACAACUUACAGAGGGGAAAAAUACCCUUUGCUUCCAGUAUUUAGCCAAGUUGAAAAUAUAGUUUAUUAUUAUUAACAGUUUAACAAGGCCUCUUAGCCGACCUUUCUUUUUACUUGGUAUUAUUAUGUAUUAUUUUUGAAAUUCUUUACUCUUAAUUACUUUUCAUAUACAAUUAUAUAUAUAUAUUUAAUUUGAUGUUUUGCAAUGUUAUUUUUCCUUUAUAUAUAUAUAUAUUUAGCUAAUAUUUUUUUUUUUCCUUUUGAUUUAUUUCAACCCUCAUUUACUACUAUUAUUUGAUUAAAUAUGAUCAGCAAUGUUAUAAAUUAAUUAGCCACUUUAUAACCGUCUUAUUCCAGUUAUAUUAUCUUGGGUUGGGAACUUCCUUCUAAAGCAGUUUAUAUCUUUAGCAAAAAACUGAGGACUUGAUGAGAUUCUUUAUUUCCUUUCCAUUAACAGUUAAUUUUGACUUUUAUUUUUGAAAUGUUGAGAAUUUUUUUUUCUUGUUAAAAGUUACAGUUUAAUAAUAUUAAAAUUUGUUAUAACAUUUAAAAAAGAAAAAAGAGCAAAGCAUGUGCUUUCUAUUUUUUAUUUUUUGCCAUUCCUUAGUUUUUCGUUGAAAUGUUAAAAAUCACAUUUGCAUUGAAUAUACAAUUAUUACUGAAAUGUGUUGAAUCAAUGUUCCGACUUAUUUUAUACACUGAUUUGACAUAUAUUCCACUCCUUAAGAUUGGCAAAGUUAUCCACUUUUUACAUCUAUGACUUAAAACUGGUCUUAUGAUUCAGUUUCUAAUUUUAAUUGGUUUAUAGAAUGGAUUAUUAUACUAUUUUAUAUCUUUAUAUUUAUGUAUUGUGAUACAUAUUUUUUAUGCUCAUAAUAUGCAAAUUUAUACUGAAUACUACUGUGGUUGGCAAAUUUGAUCUUUUGACCUAUUACACAUUUUGCCACAAUUUGAAACCAAUUAAUCCUAGCAUAGUGCUUAUUUAUUAAUGACAUUUCAUUCAAAUGUUUGUUUUACUGUCUUCCAUAUGAGAACAUAAUUUUAUGUUGAAGUAACAAAAAAAAAUAUACAAUUUAUCCAAUGGAAAAUAUAAUUUAUCAAAAACACAAUAUAAUUUAGCGGAGAAUAAAUUUACUAUAAUCAAAGUACAUAACAUUUUAACAGUUGAAAAUAAUUUACUGGAAAAUUUACAGCAAUAAUUGCAUUUUCAAUUCUAUCAAAAAAAAAUAUUUGUCUUUUAUAUUACUAAACAGUAUUAUUGUUAUGAUUUCUCUCCUUGAUGUUUACUUAUUUUUUUAAAGAUUGAUAUAUUUAUUUAAAGGCUUUAUGUUAUUCCCAGAAAUUUACGAAUACUAGUGCUAUUAUAUUAUUAUUAUUAACCAUUGUUAUUAACUUUACCAAUAUAGAAUGGUUUCUGAAACUAGGAAUUUUAAGAUAAAGCGAAUACUUCUAUUUUAUUAUCUUUCUGAUCUCAACUUUUUUUCAGAUGCCAAACUGUGAUAUUAUUUUACUUGAUAUCAUAUCAUUUGAUACUAGGCUGUUCAAUCUGCAGGUUGUCAGUAGAGUGGGUAUUAUUAUGUGUAAUAAUCAUAGUGAUCAAAUAACCCAUUCAAAAAGAAAUUUGAAAAAUCAGAUGUUCAUUUGAAAUUAUGCAACAAUUGAAAAGAAAACUGGUAGAUGGUUGCAGCUAAUUAUUUAUAAAUCUACGCGCAAAUUGGGUUGUAUGAUGUUUAUUUUUUGAUUCGCAGACUGGACACUAUAGAGGUCAUAAUAACUAUCCAUAUUGUUCAAAUUUAAUGUUUUUAAGUAUUUCUUCUAGAGAUAUUUUGCAUGUCACUGUGUAGGACUGCGGACCAUUUAUAGCACACAGUUCUAAAGGAGUCUGAAAAAAUAUUUGAUAAAUACAAUUAAAGAUGUUAUUUUAAUAUAAAAAAUUGUUUUUUCGAAAAACUUGAUAAACUUAAUAAUUAUUGAUCAAUUUGAACAAGAGCUAAAAAAAAAACGUCUUUCCCGAGUCAACGCAAACCGUGCACUUAGUCUUGCAUAUUCACAUUCUAUUUCGGAUAAACAUGUAGUGACGUAAGACAACGAGAUUGAAUGUAAUUUGAUUUCUGAAUGUAAUAUUAAAAAAAACUCCCAAAUCAUUUAUUGAUCUCUGUUUCGACAACCUAUUUUAUUAUAAAGAAGUGAUACAAUGUUUUAAGUCUCUCUUAAUCUACCUCCAUUAUUGAUAAUUCUCAAUUGUUGGAUUAAUUACACCUACUAAAAGGAGCAAAACAGUAACGAUGAAAUUGAGUUUUAUUUUAACCCAUUCUACUGAAAACUGAAUGCAUUUACUAACAUUUUAUUGUAGCCAAUGCCAAUCUUAAGGAGUAGCAAAAAAAUAUACACAAGUAUUCAUAUAUAUACAUAUUACUAUUUUUGGAGGAGUCAUCUGCGAUUUCUUAUAUGUUUAUGUGAAGGAAAAUGUAUGCAAGUGGAUUAAAGGUGUUCUUUCAAACAAA